AUGCAGAAAAUCUUGAAAGCACACAAAUAUGUCAUACAGGCUGGAAUGAGUAUGGAUGAGAUGAUUAGCAUGGAUCAAUUCUUUAUCAACAACAUUUAUUGCAAGCUGAGGGGUAAUGUGCCAAAGGUGGCCUGGAGAAGGCUGACUUGCAACAAUCAGAGUGCCCCUAAAUGGAACUUCAUACUUCUACUCACGGUUCAUGGUAGAUUAUAUACAAGGGACAGACUAAAGAGAUGGGGAGUGAUACAUGAUGCAACAUGUCCUAUGUGUGGAGUGGCUGAGGAAAGUAUAUCCCAUUUGUUCUAUGUAUGUACACUAUCUACUGAAGUGUGGCAAAAACUGUUACAGUGGCAAGGUAUAUAUCGGCAACCUAUGGAAUGGGAUGCAGAAGUACAAUGGGCUAUAUCACAGCAUAAUGGAAAAAGUUCAUCUGAUGAAAUUUACAGAAUGGCAAUUGCUGGCAGUAUAUAUCAACUAUGGCAUGAAAGGAAUCUCAGAGUAUUUCAGCACAGACAAAGAUUAGCGGGGGAGAUAGUUAGAGUGAUUAUACAAGAGAUAUUCUAUAGAGGAAGCAUGAAGCUGUCACUGAGGAAGAAGCUGCAAAGUCUAAAUUUCUACCCAUGA